AUUGCAAAAUAUCAAAGCAGACACAAAGAAGAGAGGGAUCCCACAAAAAAGAAUUAAACAUCCUUUGAUUUUUUUUAUCCUCAUUUGACUGCGACUACACCAUUUUUGCUCCUUAAGUUCCUUUUCUUUUUUCUGGGUUAACUUUAGUUUUUUUGUUUUUGGUUUUGGUUAAAAAAGGAUACCUAGAAAAGAUUAUCAAAGAAGAAUAGAAAAAAGGGAUUUGAAAUGGAGUAUGUUACAAGAACUGGGUUCCAUGACCUCAAUUUGGCUUCAAGAAAAGCUGAAGAAGCUGCUUUGAGAAGAUAUGUGGCUGUUGCUUGGUUAGAAACCUUAGUUGGUCCACUGGGGAUAUCAAGCCAGCCAUCAGAAAAAGAGUUCAUUUCUUGCUUGAGAAAUGGUUUGAUUCUUUGCAAUGUAAUUAACAAGAUCCAUCCUGGUGCAGUACCCAAGGUCGUGGAGAGUAAUUCACAUGCACAAUCACUCAAUCGGGAGUUUCAGCCUCCAGCAGCCUAUCAAUACUUUGAAAAUGUUAGGAAUUUUCUUGUUGCCAUUGAAGACCUUAAAUUGCCAGCCUUUGGAGCUUGUGAUCUCGAAAGGGAUAACUUGGACGCAGGGUCUUCAGCUAAGGUUGUAGACUGCAUAUUAGCCCUCAAGUCAUAUCAUGAAUGUAAGCAGAUUAAUUGCGGAACUGCAAAUGGAUAUUAUAAGCUUACAAGGUCCCCCAUGGUAAUGCAUUCUUCCACUAAGAUCAACUCGCGAGCCUCAUCAGAAUCUUGUAGGCGCUUGGACAUGCCUGCUGCUUGUGAUAAACGACCGCCUGCCAAUGGCGAAGUCUAUAAACUUGAAGAUACAAUUGUGAAGUUACUAGCCGACUACAUGGUUGACACAAAGGAAAACUUUGAUGACAACUUUUUGGGUUCUUUCCAUAGUAGAAAUCCGGAUUCAGUCAAAGUAUUGAGCAAGAUGAUUUCAAGUUGCCUGGAGGAGCAACUUGUAAAUAAGAUCCCAGAGGGAUCAAGGGCUUGCACGAAGAAGGCUAAUCAGAACCACAUAAAUUUAUUGAAAAUGCAGGAAAAGGAACUUUCAGACCUCAAGGAUUUGUUGUUAACAGCAAAAAGAGAGUUUGAAGACUUACAAUCACAACUGCAAAUAGAUUUGAAAAAUAUAGGAAGUCAAGUAGAAGAGAUGUCCACUGCUGCAGUUCAGUAUCACAAGGUGGUGGAAGAGAACAGAAAGUUAUACAAUAUGGUACAAGAUUUGAAAGGAAAUAUCCGGGUUUUCUGCAGAAUUAGACCUGCUUUCUGUGCUGGAACUAGAAAUGUAAUAGAUUUUAUUGGAGAGGAUGGUUCACUUGUGAUUUCGGACCCAUUGAAACCCAAAAAGGAUGGAAGAAAAGUCUUUCAGUUUAAUCGUGUUUUUGGUCCAAGUGCAACACAAGAUGAUGUGUUUAAUGACACUCAACCUUUGAUUCGAUCUGUCAUGGAUGGUUAUAAUGUUUGUAUCUUUGCAUAUGGCCAAACUGGAUCAGGCAAAACUUAUACUAUGAGUGGUCCAUCAGGUGGAUCAACCAAGGAUUUGGGGAUUAAUUAUCUAGCUCUCAAUGAUCUCUUUGAAAUUUCUAAUCAAAGGAAAGAUAUCAUAAGUUACGAGAUUCAAGUUCAAAUGGUGGAGAUAUAUAAUGAACAAAUCAGAGACCUUCUUUCAGAAGAUUCAUCAUCCACCAAGUUAGAGAUUCGUAGCUGCAGUAAUGAUAAUGGCUUAAGCCUUCCAGAUGCUACAUUGCAUACGGUGAAGUCCACAAGUGAUGUGCUAAAUCUAAUGAAAUAUGGAGAGGUGAAUCGUGUUGUCUGUUCCACUGCAAUCAACAACAGAAGUAGCCGCUCCCACAGUAUCCUGACAGUACACGUGCAUGGGAAAUAUACAUCUGGAAACAUGCUUCGUAGUUGCUUGCAUUUGGUUGACCUUGCGGGAAGUGAAAGGGUGGACAAAUCGGAAGUUACUGGAGAUAGGCUAAAGGAGGCUCAACAUAUUAAUAAGUCUCUUUCUUGUCUUGGAGAUGUGGUCACCGCUUUGGCUCAGAAGAACUCUCACAUACCCUACAGAAACAGCAAACUCACGCUUCUCUUGCAAGACUCAUUAGGUGGACAUGCUAAGACAUUGAUGUUUGCUCAUGUGAGUCCGGAAGAAGACUCUUUUGGAGAAACAUUAAGUACCUUGAAGUUUGCUAGGAGAGUUUCAACAGUGGAACUUGGUGCUGCUCGUUUAAAUAAAGAAAGCAGUGAGGUUAUGCAGCUCAAAGAGCAGAUUGAGAACCUCAAGAAGGCAUUGGCAAAUAAGGAAGCACCGAGCACACCUUCAUACAAAAUGAAAGAACCUAAAUCUCCAUUUGAGAAACAAAUGGCAGCGAUUGAGAAAACUCCCCCACGUACUCGAAGGUUGAGCAUUGAGAAUGGUAGCACCAUGAAGUCUGAGAAGGCAAUGAAUGCAGAAGACAGGAGAGGACCAAAAAUUCCAUCUUCUAUAACUCGGGCAAGGAGGUUGAGCUCGGAAGGCUCUAGAAAUGAGGACAAUAGUCAGAUAAAAGUAUCAGCAGAUGUUAGUAGGUCUUUACAUGCUAGCACAGUAUCCGUACAGAAAUACAGUCAGUUUCAAGAUGAAGAGGCAGUUACAAAACAGUUUGGGAAUCUCAGCAACGGCAGCUCAGUGAUGGAGGCUUAUCAUUCUAAGCCUCCUCGAAGCCCUACUAGUUCAUCCUUCCAAAAGCAAGCACUAAAGACUGAUUGUCGAACACAAAUUCCUAGACUCGAGCUACCAAGUACACCUGAGCCUAAAGUAUACACUAAAAAUGACAUACAGAAUCUCAUGCAAACAGUAAUUUCUACAGAGUCCAGAACGGCAAAUGGUAAAGGAUCUCAAGUAAGAAAAUCGCUGCGAACAACCAUCGGGAAACUGAUUAGUGGCUCUGAGAAAAGGAACCUACAGAAGACAUUAGAACUAAAGUCACCUGUCAGGGGGGUGGGCAAUGUGCAUGAUCUCAAGUCACCACCAGUCACGGCUCAUGCAAAAGCAGCACGUAGGGAAUCACUUACCGGUGUCCAAACAUCAGGGUCAAACAGGUCCCGCAGAUCUUCCCUUGGAGGGAAGCCAAUCGAGUUGAGUACACCUAUGAGCAAUAACAGGAAUGCCAGGACACCGCCUCCUGUCCACCCAUCAUCAGCAAAGACAACAAAGCGGUGGUUGUAAUCUUUGUAAUGGUUGAAUGCUAGGCUCCAUUGAUGCCUUGACUUCAAGCAAUAUUGAGUUGCUGACAUAUAUAAAAACGGCUAGAACAAGUUGACUACUAGAAUGAGUUGAUGUGUACAUAGGAAAUAAUAGGAUGUCAGUUGAAGCAGGUUGAUAUAGAUCAGCCAAUCUCUCUACUUCAUAUAUCCACUUCGCUAUUCUUCUAUUUCUCACAAUUUUUCCACACCCAAGUUGGCUUAUACUUUAAUUUAAUCCCUGUCAAGAUCUGGUCGCCUCAA